CCUGGUCUGUGCCCUCGUUUCAAUCUCUAACUCCCCAACGCUGAGAUUUUCGCAGCACGAUAAUCUCAUGUUCUACUUUCAUUGUGCCGUGCAACUUCUGCACUGGUCGAUUUCUGAGCGGUUGUGAUGUUCCGACGCUGUAACCCCUUCGAAACUUUAGAACUUCCUGAAACCUACCGAAGGACACAUCCCAAAGAGAUUUCCAUCCAGAAUUUUUGUUUAGAGUUGCUGAACUUCAGAAUUCUCAACUCGUGCGCUAUAGUACAGACUCGCCUUGGAUCACCUAGACAAGUAUCUUCAAGUCAGUUUACUAUAUUGUGCUUUAGUUAGCACAAUGCACCUAAGUGGGGUGGAACUGAAGCCAAGUACCUUAAUUAACAUUAUGUCGUCCUAUUCAGAGAACUCGAAACUCUUCAGAGUUGCGAAGCCUAUGGUAGAACUUGUUGUUCGACGAACUGCACUUCUUGCAGAAAGCUUAUUUAUGCUAACUAAAACCUCUUAACCUGGUACCAUGUACAUCAAUAGCCAAGAAGCGGUUCUCAAUUCAAGGACCAUUGACAUAGCCUUCAUCAAUCUCAAUUGCGAAAGUCUCGAAGCAUCCACCUACUGUCCCGUUCAUAGAUUAGCUUUCAUAUCAUAUCGAAAUUACAGUUUCUGCUCGUCAAGUUCGCGUUGUCAUCAACCGUAGUGGCAACUCGAUAAGGGACUAGCCCAUCGCUACAUGUAUUCUACUAAUGUGUGCUGGGAGACAUGUUUGAUAGAAGAUGUUAACAUUUCUCGUCUCUGAAAUGUCCUAGUCUUAUUUCCUUCUUCGAGGCCAACAUUUGCACUUGAGCAGAUUCCACGUGACUUACUGUAAAUUCUCCUCUUUUCAGUCGGAGGAAUUACACCAACUCAUACGUUAUCUACUCAUCUGCAGCUUCCGGGUGUUCCCAUCUUCUGAAUACCCAUGUUCCCCCUCAAUCGUGAUAACAGCAGUUCGUUGCGCAACAUUUAGAUUACUCCCCUAGCGCAUGAUAAUUGGUGAGUGGAGUACAACCUCAGAUUUCGACGUCCCUUAUGAGUUCCAGUCACGAUUCUGAUUACAACAGAUCAAAUUUUUCAGGACGUGAGAAUUACAUGGAUUACUCAUCUGGAAACAUGGGCAGUUGCGAUUGCGAGGAGUCGUCCCUGUCGAGUAUCCUGACGCUGCAAGAUCAGCGAGAGAUGUUCCGAUCAGUGUUUCCUGGCCGGUCUAGUGAUAACAGUCAAGAGUACGACGAGGAUGACGAAGGAUCAAGCCAGAAGUUGAGGUUUACCAAGGCUCAAUUGCGGGUUCUGGAGGAUACUUUCGAGAGGUUGCAACGGCCCAAUGCUCAUCAGAAGAGCACGCUGGCAAUGGAGUUGGGUGUCCAACCUAGACAAGUGGAGGUGUGGUUCCAGAACCGUAGGGCCAGAGGCAAGGCGAAGCGUAAUGAGUCCGACUGUGAGGUUUUACGGCAGCGCUGCCAGGAUCUUCUAGUGGAGAAUCACCAUUUGAGCUACCUCAUCCAGACCGAAAGAAUGGGUUAUGAUAGCCGACAACUGUCAAACGAAGGCGGGCCGCUACUACAGAUGGCUCUCUGCAACAACUGCAAAAAACUUCGCAACUGCUGAUCCAAAUGAAUUCAUUUCCUGCUGCUGCUCUCCGCAUCACUAUCAGAGUCUAUGAACAAUCAACGAUCAAUUUGCAUUGAACACUGCUCAACAUACAGGAACCUGAACAUCUCAACAACCUGUUGGGGGGUAUGCCUCCAUGAUUACCGCCGAGUAUGGUUAAUGAAGCACACUUUAUUUCGAUGGACUGUUAGCUCUAGCCUCUUAUUCCUUCAACUUUCUCGUGCCGACCGCCUGACCAUGUCACUCGAUCCAUCAAGCUUCAACGAGGUCUUUUUCGCAAGUCGAGCGGGCUGUCAAGCUGUACGCCUGUUCCGCCGGUGCUCGAGGAGUGCAGAUCUCAGAGUGUUUUGUGUAUUAUAUUACAGUUGCAUUGAUAUAUUUUUAAGUAUACUCAGAGUUUAGCGUGGGUCGUGGUGAAUAUGGUAGAAGUGUUUGAGGAAGUGACGUGUUUCAAUAUGGGUUAAACCGUGGCAGUCGGUCCCCUAUAAUACAGUGACAAGCUUGUAAAUUUCGGAAGUAUGUUUUAGUUUACGAAACGCCCAGUUGCGUUGAAUUUUUAGCGGAUGCACCGCCUAGAUGAAUGAAGCUUGUGUAUUCAUUCUGUAAUGAAUUCGAACUUUUCAAUGGAUGGUUUA